GGAGCAGGAACUUGAGUCUGAACGGAGUCCGAAAAGGGCUGGAUCCGGACGGGCUAGCCGGGAUCGGUUGGAAGUGGAAGAUGGAGGAAUUGGAGGAACCGGCGGACCGAGGGCAGUCACUACCCCCGGUUUACAUCUAUAGUCCCGAGUAUGUUAACAUGUGUGACUCCAUGGUCAAAGUCCCCAAACGGGCCAGUAUGGUACAUUCUCUGAUUGAAGCAUACGCACUGCAUAAGCAAAUGAGGAUUAUUAAACCCAAAGUGGCCUCCAUGGAAGAGAUGGCCACCUUCCAUACUGAUGCCUAUCUGCAACAUCUCCAGAAGGUCAGCCAGGAAGGAGAUGAUGAUCAUCCAGACUCUAUAGAAUAUGGGCUAGAGAUGAAGCAUCUGGUUUUUGUUAUCUCAAUGAUGCUGUCCUGGGAAUAUUACAAUUGAGACAGAAAUUUGACCGUAUUCUCUAUGUGGAUUUGGAUCUGCACCAUGGAGAUGGUGUAGAAGAUGCCUUCAGUUUCACUUCCAAAGUCAUGACGGUGUCUUUGCACAAAUUCUCCCCAGGGUUUUUCCCAGGAACAGGCGACGUGUCUGAUGUUGGUCUAGGGAAGGGACGAUACUAUAGUGUAAAUGUACCCCUUCAGGAUGGCAUAAGAGAUGAUAACUAUUACAGCAUCUGUGAAAGUGUACUAAAGGAGGUAUUUGUAGCCUUUAAUCCCAAAGCAGUGGUUUUACAACUGGGAGCUGAUACAAUAGCUGGGGACCCCAUGUGCUCUUUUAACAUGACUCCAUUGGGCAUUGGCAAGUGUCUUAAGUACGUCCUUCAGUGGCAAUUGGCAACACUCAUUUUGGGAGGAGGAGGCUACAACCUUGCCAACACAGCUCGAUGCUGGACAUACUUGACCGGGGUCAUACUAGGCAAAACACUGUCCUCUGAGAUCCCAGAUCAUGAGUUUUUCACAGCAUAUGGUCCUGAUUAUGUGCUGGAAAUCACGCCAAGCUGCCGGCCAGACCGCAAUGAGCCCCACCGAAUCCAGAAAAUCCUCAACUGUAUCAAAGGGAAUCUGAAACAUGUGAUCUAGCUAACAAGAAGAGAUCAGGUUUCUAAAGUUGAGAAACAGUGCCUGUAAUGAAGACAACAUGCUUACUUGAGCGGUUUGCAGAAUUUGUAACUGCAAGGGAAGUUUGGAAGAAAUUACUUCCUGAAGAUUUCCAAGGGACACCAAGUGGCAGCUGAUUUCCUUGGAUGAGGCAAAUAGGCAUCUAAGAUGUCUCAACUUGGCAUAGGAGGAGAGAGAUUUCCAACAUUUAAAGUGUUUAUUUAAA